AUGGCCAAGUCAAGGUUUGAAUAUGUUAAACAGUUCGAAAGAGAGAACUUUCUAUUACCAGAUACUUAUUUAAUAGUGAGGGUUGAUGGUAAAGGGUUUCACAAAUUUAGUGAAGAAUAUGAGUUUUCUAAGCCCAAUGAUAUCAGAGCCUUGAAGGUGAUGAAUAACGCAGCUAAGAACUUAAUGGCUCAAUUCCCAGAUAUAAUGAUGGCAUACGGGGAUUCAGAUGAGUAUUCGUUUCUUCUACGCAGAAAAUGUAGCUUAUUUGAAAGGAGGGAAAUGAAAUUGGUAUCAACAUUUGCAUCAUUCAUUUCGGUGAAUUACUUAUAUGAAUGGAAUCUUGAGUUUCCAGAGAAACAAAUAAGGUUGGAGCGAUUACCCACUUUCGAUGCCAGAAUUGUAGUAUAUCCUACCAUUAAACAUAUACGGGACUAUUUUAGUUGGAGACAAGUGGAUUGUCAUAUAAAUAAUCUAUAUAAUACCACAUUUUGGACAUUGGUGAUUAAAGGUGGAAUGACAGGGAGGGAGGCGGAAAAUAAGUUAUUGGGGACGGUUUCAAGUGAUAAGAAUGAAAUGCUAUUCAAGGAAUUUGGCAUUAAUUACAAUAAUGAAUCUGAAAUUUUCAAGAAGGGAACAAUACUUGUUCGAGAAUACGACUAUACAAGAGAAGGAGAUGAUUUGAGUAAGCGUCAACAGCAGAGAGUUGAAAAGCAACGUAAGAAAGCCCUGAUAGAAGAAUAUCACCUUGAUAUAAUUGGUGAUACCUUCUGGAACGAAAGGCCAUGGUUAUUGGAAUGA